AUGGAAAUUGCGCCGUGCGGGAAGUCUCAUCUACAUCAUGUUAAGGCAGAAUACUCGGGUCUCUCAAAGCUUGAGAGCGAACAGCUUAAGCUGUCAUUAUCCAGUCAGUAUCCUGUACAGUCAUUGCACGAAAGCUCAACCACAGAGCCUUUUCAAAACCAGCAGUGUUUAUCUAUUCAACCUACUACUCAUUCGAGCCGCCAUCUCGUACCCACUUCUGCCUCAUCGAUAGGAUCAUCCGUACUAUCAACUGCCUCUUUGCACCAAUUAUUGGGAGAGUGUGAGGGGCAAUUCGCUCCAGCUUUGGUACAAGCACAAGCAAACGAAGUCACAGUGGACGAGCAUAACACUCGUGCAAUUGCCUUUUCACCUGCGUCAAUAAAAAUUCGAGCGAGUAUUUCUCGCAGUGUGCUUCAAGGAGGAAGCUCGGAUUGCAAAGAAGAUUUUGAUCUAGCACUAGCGGACUUCUCCUUCAUGAGUUCAUCUACUUCUGCUAUUGCUGGAAAUGCCGUCGCUGAGGGUUCAAGCGACAGCUUUAAUUCGAUGAGAAGGCGUGAAUGUCGAAUUUGCUUUGAUAAGCUGAACGUUUUGCAAUCACACACGUGCGCUUUGUGCAGUAAUUCGUUCUGCACUAAUUGUACGCGGUGGUACAUUGAGUUUAAAGUUGUUGAGGGUGAAGUUUCACAGAAAAAGCUGGUGUGUCUGGCGCCACAAUGCACUCAUCCACUAUCUGAGGAGCUUAUUGAAAGUUUGGUGUCGCCCGACACGUUUUUAAAGUACAAAAAGUUCGUAAGAAAUCAAAGAGUUGGUAUCCGCUUUUGUCCACGUGCUGGUUGUUGCGCUGUCUUGGACGAACCGCUAUAUUCGACAGCGCGCCGAGUCAGGUGCCACGUUUGUAAGCGCGAAUCGUGCAUGCGGUGCGGUAGCGACUUUCACAAACUCCUAACCUGUCGGCGUGUAGAUAAGCGUUUUGGACAUUGGAAGAAGCAUCACAACGUACGCGCAUGCCCUGGCUGCAAAAUUGUGAUUGAGAAACAAGGUGGUUGCUCGCACAUGAAGUGCUUACAAUGUGACCUGGAGUUUUGCUGGUCUUGCUUGUGCUCGUGGAACAAUCACGAUGAGACGAUGUGUUUGCCAUUAAGCUUUUUGCACUCCAACAGCCUCAAAUUUGGCUGCUGGGCGCCAAUGCGCGCCGUCACCAAGACAGUUGUAAUAGGAGUUGCAGCUGUUGCAGCCGUGGCUGGAGCAGGAGUUGCAGUCGUCGUGCUGCCGCCAUUAGUCGGAUAUCAGUAUAUGAAGGAUUCAUAUCGACGUCGCAAGUACGCGAGAGGAUCCUAA